CGGUGCAGUAGGUGGUUGUUUCUCAAGCCUUCCAUGAGAAAAGUUUCCUUGGCGAAGAACUAUACAAUUCGGGAUGCCGUAUAGUACUAUGCACAGGGGACCUUUUUCAGAAAGGACGUGUAAUAUGCUGCAUGUUUGUCUAUGUAAUGAGAGCAUAGUACCGCGCUGGAGUUUGUAAACGUAUCCAAAUUACGCUUACAGACAGCUGUUUAUUAUUAUCAGGAAACGCAAACUCAUGAGUUGUUGAGUUGUGGUUUGGUUGUGAACGUUGUGAAAGUGACUGUUUCAUAACAAGCCUAGUUUGCUUGCUUUGCAUAGGUGUUUUGCAUUUGUACUAACCGUUGAAUAUUUUCACCUGUAUGGGAACCUCUACGUCUAGAAGAAUGGACGAUAGUGAUUCUCGAUCACGGUCGGAUGAUAGUUCUGAUCAAGAUUCUGAUUUAACUGCCAUCUUGCAAUAUCUCAUACGAAGUGGCCAAGUCCACAUCAUUUCUUCUAAUCGAGAUGAUAGUGAGGAUGAGUUUGUGGCUGCUGCAAGUCCUCCCAGGAUGAUGGAUUCACCACCGAAUACUAAAGAACUUGAUAAAAGUGAAAUUAGUCUGGCCACUCAGCAAGCAUGUGGCCUUAUACAUUCCAGUGGACAUGAGCGUCCAAACUCCAUUGCUGCAAUGAUUAAUGCCAGGGAGAGAGGAAUGUUUGGCCGAAGUUCCUUCACCCAAGGAGAUCGCUGUAAGAUCACCAACAAUUACAUCCCUAACAAGAUGAAGACUGUAGCUACAUAUCACAGUAAAGCUUUCUGUGGGACUUAUUCAGAAGAUGGCAACUACUUUCUGACUGCUUGUCAAGAUCGUAAUCUGAGAUUAUAUUGCACUACUGAAGGGAAGUUUGAAAUGCUCAAAACAAUUCAGGCACGAGAUGUGGGCUGGAGUGUGCUGGAUACAGCGUUUAGUCCGGAUGGAAAUUACAUUGUUUACUCCAGCUGGUCAGAAUGCCUUCACCUUUGUCGCCUGUAUGGAGACUCAGAGACUCAGGAUGCUCUUCCACUGUGCCCUGAAGAAAGACGCUUCUGUAUCUUUUCAUUAGUAUUUUCAUCAGAUGGGCGAGAGAUACUGGGAGGAGCCAAUGAUGGUUUCCUCUAUGUUUAUGAUAGGGAAUGCAACCAAAGAGCUUUGAGAAUAGAAGGACAUGACGAUGAUGUGAACACAGUUGCUUUUGCUGACAGCACGUCACAGAUUUUAUACAGUGGUGGUGAUGAUGGCUUAUGCAAGGUGUGGGACAGGCGAACACUCAGUGAGUUAAAUCCCAAACCUGUGGGUGUCCUUGCUGGCCACAUGGAUGGUGUAACAUAUAUUGAUCCUCGUGGAGAUGGUCGUCACCUUAUUUCCAAUUGUAAAGAUCAGAGUAUAAAACUGUGGGAUGUGCGAGUUUUUUCUGGGUCCAGUGGCCAAAAUAACACUCGGAAAGCAGUUUCCGAUCAAACAUGGGAUUAUCGGUGGCAGAAAGUACCUAAGAAGCUGAGCAACCCUAAGAAGAACCUGGAGGGAGAUACAUCUGUGAUGACAUACCGAGGUCACCGUGUGCUUCAGACUCUUGUGAGGUGUCACUUCUCACCGGAGUUCAUAACAGGACAACGUUACAUUUAUACAGGUUGUGCAGCUGGCAGAGUAGUCAUUUAUGAUGUCCUCACGGGUAAAGUGCACAGUGUGUUAUCGGGACAUAGAGCUUGUGUUCGAGAUGUAUCGUGGCAUCCACAUAGACAAGAACUUAUUAGUACAUCGUGGGAUGGAACACUGGGGAGAUGGACCUACUCUGGCAAGAUAGCAUCAGCCAUUGAGGAUGCAGAUAUCACAUGCCGAUUGGACCAAGGUUUUAGAGGUUUGCGUCGUAGCCGUCGCAUCGCCCAGCAGCGGGAAAGACAGCAGAAGUCGCAAGAUGCACCUGAACAGAAAAAUGUGCCAGGCUGUUGACUUAUGUGACCGGUUAACCAGGUUAGACUGAAGGCAUUUGGUACCGGUGAAAUACCAGGAUUAUGCAGUAUUGAAUAGACUUAUUUCUGCUGCCUGCCCUAAGUGACUAGUCUGUACUGUGUAACUCCAAAUGCAGUUAGUAUCAUAAAGACAUUCACAAGUUAUUUCUUCUAACAGUGCAGAAGCUUGUUGGGAUAUGAGUUGCAGGUGGACCCACCGGUUGUUGGAAAUAUUUUGUGAUAUAAUUUGUGUGAAAUGACAGAGUCUUGUAGGAGUAUGUUGUGAAGACUAACUGCCAGUCAGCACACUAAGUGCUCCACUUGUUUAGAUGUUUAUUUGAUGACAAUUUAAGAAAAAUUAAGUGAACACAAAACGUAAAGGCAGACAGUGCCUUCAGUAAAGUGUACUGUGAUUAAUAGUUUAAAAGAUUGUCCAGACUAAUUCGCUUGCACGAACAUUGAUUUUUUAGUUGUACUGCAAAACUAAUGUAGAAGCAUGGUCAGUAGCGAAGCCACAAUUUGUUGAUGAAAGCAUCACCCACACUAAUUCUAAUUAUACAGAUAUAAUUUUAUUUUCUUCACAGGAUCUAUUUACAAAAUAGAUGUCUUAUUAGUUAUUUCUAGAGGAAGAUGGCUUCUGGGGUCCCCAAAUUGAUCAGUGCCCUCAAAUGAGGUCUCUGUUACUGCUGCUCUUUAAUUAAUGUUGUGCUGUGACAAGUCACAGUGUCCAUUAUUAUUUUGCCAAAUACUUUUCUCCAUUAAAUUUUUCACAAAGAAUGGUGUACAUACAAUAUUUCUUUCAGGCUGAUAUGGGUGAUUUUAAACAUAAGUGAUAACUGUUAAUUUCCCUUUAAUGGAUUUGGGCACUGCAGCUUUCAGGUAUCAAUCUACAAAAUUGCAAGCUUGACAGUUUAUGUCAUUGUAAAAAUAAUAUCAUGUUAAUUCAUUGAUUUGUCAUUGAAAUGGAGGGAGCCUGCUAGUGUAGAUGUAGGGUGCUGGUGUGUGGUGCUAGUUUGCAAUUGUGAUUUCAGUGCAUAUAUUUUCUUAUGCUUAAAUCUACAUCCCAAGGUCUAAACAAAGUAGAUUUAUAGAAUGUCAGGCCCAUACAUGGUUCAGAAUUCACAUUAAGUUCUGAGUCCUCUCUGUUGACCACAUGCUUUUUUAAUAUCUUACUGAAUGCUAUCCUGCAUGCACCCUCACGUCAGAAAUGGAUUCCUUUACUCUCAUUAUGUACUCAGAGCUCAACAUGACCAUAGAAAUAUCUUGCAUUUUGUGGUGAUAUUUCUGCAUGCUUUCUCUAUAUUUUACCCAUGAUGAAGUGAGAGAUACUGUGCUUCACAGACCAUGUUACUCUGUAGAUUCCCUCAGGUGGUCAUCUUAUUGAUCAUCGCCCCUUUCUUCUCGAGUAAAUGAAAUCAUUCCUUUGGAUAGAUUAUAUGGAGGGAGGCUUGGCAAAUGCUUAGAUAUGUUAUCACACUCUUUUUGGUGGAGUCACGCAGGUGAACAGGUUGUCUGGUCAGACAGUGCACAGAGGUAUGAAGCAGGUUAGUUUGCUGCGUGGGUUUGUGUAUAGCUGAUCAUAUUGUAAGAGAUGUACUGCACAUUCAGUUAUAGAAAUUUUGCAGUCUCCGCAUUGAGAGUUACCCCCAUCAUGCUGUUGUCUCCUCUUACCUUGAACACUUGUGUGUAUUCAGCUGCCACAGAUUAUUAAUUCAUGACUAUCACUCCAGAAGUGGAUUAUUUCCUGUCAGUUAUACGUUGGCUGCAGAAAUCACAGAGUACCAUAUAUACCUGUGUAUGGGUCACACUCACAUAUUGUUUUGCUGAGAAUUUUGUUUUUAAUUUGUUGCACAGAUUUUUAUGAAAUCUACAUUUUGUUACAAGUUUCUGUUUUGCUUCAAAUUCAUUGUAUUUCAUUGUGCUGUAAAUAUUUAGACUCUGCCAUGACAAACUAAAGCAUCGUGGAAUGGUUUCAUAUGGAAUUUAUGGCACAAAUUAUCUGAAGGAUCGUGAUGAAGGUACAUGACACUCGGGAUUAUUGAGUUUUUUGCAUUUUGUCCAUCUUCUAGUCUUCAAAUAAAUGCAGUGUUUCCAAAACUGAAUCUUGAGGGGUUGGGAGACACCUACUUUGUCAGGUCUGUUAGAAAGAGCUAACCUCAGUCACUUAGCCAUUGGUCCAAUGAUUGAGGUUGACUGUCUCUAACAGUCGCAACAGAGAAUAUGUCUCCCACCCCAUCUCCUGGGGACAGAAACAGAUCUAGUUUCCAAACAUUGUAUGUAUUGGAAUACCAGAUGAUAGACAAAGUCAGAAAUCCAGUGAUCCUAGAUACAAAUUUUGUGUUUUGAGAUGGAGUAUUCGCCGACAAGCAGCAGUCGCUUGGUUGGUAUAGUUCGCUUGCGGAUUAAAAUCACAGAGUUUGUUUGUUUGUUUGUGAGUAUGUUUUGAAAGUGUUUAUGUUGCUUCUCAGUAUUGCUUUGCAUGAGACUCCCAAUUCGUAAUAUCUUGUUUGUGGUCAUAGCAUUGUGUCAGGUGUAAAAUUUAUUUUUAAAAAUUUGGGAAUGAGAAUGUCUUGUACUGAAUUUAGGUUGCACACGUGUUUCUGAUUGAAAUUCUGAAAUAUGAAUUGUUAUCUGUAGUCAGGUAAAUAAUGGUAUCUGUGAUAUGUAGGAAGUUUUGUUUGGAAUCCUUUUGUAGUCCUUUUAUAGGGAAAUUGUCUUCAAUGGUUUAUUACAAAGGGUUUAGAUAUGCAUGAGGGCCCCAAAAUGUACAUAAAAUAUGGGACAUUGAAAGGGAUGAGAAGAGACCUGUAAAUACAAGGCUGAGCACUGAAACCCUACAUCAGUUUUUAUACCUAUAAAUAGUUUAAUCUCUUGUUCUUGGGCACAGAACUUGAAAUACUCUGUGACCAGUAAAUAAGUGUGUUUGUGGUACAAAAGGUUUCAGCCUCUGCACACUUUUGUACCCAAAGUAAGAAAUAUACACUGUGCAUAAAAAGAUUAACUUGACUGGAGUUAGCAUCUCAACUUACUUAUUAAUACUCAUUUAUACAUUUCCUUUAUUAGAAGCUUAACUGUGGCCAUAUAUCACUAAAAUGACAAAAUAUGUUAAUAAGCAGGUGUUGUAGGAGAAUACAACAAAACUCUUAUGGAGAGAAUCAUGCCACACUUGUUAAAAUUCAUUUCUUUUAUUCUGUGUGGUGGAGGUCAGAGUUCUUUAAAUUUUUCUUCUCUGUUCCUCUAUUUUUUCUGUAUGUAUUAAGUGUUUGUUUUGUUGUCAUUUGCACAAUGACAUGUUCCUGUGGUAUGCAAAAGAUUGAGGGAUGUUGUGAGAGUGUGAGAAUGGCUACUUUUCGAAUUUGUAAUAUUUGUUUUGAAUAUUAUGAAGAAUAAAAUUUAACAAAUAUUA